CUUGAUACGUGAAGUGUAACAGCAUGUGAACUAUUGCACGACCAGGCUGGUCCCAGCAGGCUAUUUCAAACAUGUCACAUGAUAUGUUCUGCCCUCAGGAGUACAUCUGAGUGAAGUGAAGGGACGAGCUGCCCGUUGCAUAAACAAGCACACACCGCUAAGCACAGGAAAACAAACUGCUCAUAGGGAGUGGUAUAAAGAGAGUGGAACAGGCAGCGGAGAGGUAUUCGAAGUUUUGUAGAAACUAUGGAUUCUGCCGUUGAGAAACACCGUGUGGAACUUGUUGCCCUUGAGCGAAGUGGUCACACAGCUGUAUUAGAGGGAAAUACUCUGCACGUCUGGGGAGGCUACAUGUCAACCGCUGAGGGUGAAGUGUUCCUUCCCAGUGAUGAAAUCUGGUUGUAUGACUUAGAUAGAGGUGUAUGGGAAAUGUGUCAAAUGUCAGGAGAGAUCCCGCCCCCCAUGUCAGGCACCUGCAGCUGCUUUCUAAUUGGCCACAUGUACAUAUUCGGAGGAUAUGAUGACACGGGACAGACCAAUCAGCUUUACCGUGUCAACCUCCUGGAUGGGGACUACAGAUGGAAGAAAGUGAAAGCUGAGAGUGGCUCUCCUCCUUCACCCAGAGAUAAGCUGUGCUGCUGGGUUUUCAACAACAGGGUCACCUAUUUUGGUGGAUAUGGUCACAAGACACUUGAUGACAUCAUGGAUGACAAAAGCUUCAUCGUGGACACGGCAUCAUUGGAGCAGAACGUUGGUUGGGGAUGGAACAAUGAAGUCCACGUUUUUGAUACAACACUAGCCAGCUGGAGGGAACCACAGAGCUCUGGUCGUGCUCCUGCCCCCAGAGCUGCCCAUGCAGGUGCAACACUUGGUCAUAAAGGGUAUGUCUAUGGGGGCAGAUUACUGGAAACCACACCAAGAGACAUUCAUUGUCUAGAUCUAGAAUCAUGGACAUGGUCUGAAAUAGUGCCAACAUCCACUGUGCCAGGAGGACGGUCGUGGCACAGCCUCACUGCAGUAUCUGAUAACACUUUGUUUCUAUUUGGUGGACUGAAUGUGGACUGCAAACCAAUGAGUGAUAGAUGGGUUUUAGACGUUGACACAAAGACAUGGAGGGAGUUUGACCAUCCAAACAACAACGAACCAAGGUUGUGGCACACAGCAAGCCAAGCAAAGGACUCUGACGUCGUUGUGUUUGGGGGUAGUUGUGACUACGUCCUCCGAGUAGGAACGUAUGAGAAUUUGACGGGCCACAGCAACGAUGCACUUGUUUUCCAGACCCAGCCUUAUCCUCUCUUUCGGAUAUGUGUGGACUGCAUAGCAAAGAAUGUGAAUAACUUCAAGAUGCUUCAAAACCAGCUUCCAUCUCUGCCCCGGAAACUACUGGAAGCUGUACAGAGGAGAACAUCCAGAAUUAUAUAAUACAUAUAGUGCAUUCAGAAAGUAUUCAGACACCUAGACGUUUCCCCGAUUUUGUUAUGUUACAGCCUUAUUCUAAAAUUGAUUAAAUUGUUUUUUUCCCCUCAGCAAUCUACACACAAUAACCCAUAAUGACAAAGCAAAAAUAGGUUUUUAGACAUUUUUGAAAAUGUAUAAAACAUAUUUUUUUGUGAAAUAUCACAUUUCCGAAAGUAUUCAGACCCUUUACUCAGUACUAUGUUAAAGUAAUUUUGGCAGCGAUUACAGUCUCGAGUCUUAAUUGGGUAUGACGCUACAAGCUUGGCACACCUGUAUUUGGGGAGCUUCUCCCAUUCCUCUCUGCAGAUCCUCUCAAACUCUGUCAGGUAGGAUGGGGAACGCCUCUGCACAGCUCUUUUCAGGUCUCUCCAGAGAUGUUCAAUCGGGUUCAAGUCCGGGCUCUGGCUGGGCCACUCAAGGACAUUCAGAGACUUGUCCCGAAGCCACUCCUGCGUUGUCUUGGCUGUGUGCUUAGGGUCGUUGUCCUGAUGGAAGGUGAACCUUCAUCCCAGUCUGAGAUCCUGAGUGCUCUGGAGCAGGCUUUCAUCAAGGAAAGGGAAGGGGGGAUACCUAGUCAGUUGUACAACUGAAUAUUUUCAAAUUAAACAUGUCUUCUGCAUUUAACCCAACCCCUUUGAAUCAGAGGGGGGCUACCUUAAUUGACAUCCACGUCAUUGGCGCCCAGGAAACAGUGUGUUAACUGCCUUACUUAGAGACAGAACGACAUAUUGUUACCCUCGGGAACUCUUUGUACUUUACUCCUUUCAUCUUUGCCUCGAUCCUGACUAGUCUCCCAGGUUUCCUCCAGACGUGACCCUUGGCAUUCAAGCCAAAGAGUUCAAUCUUGGUUUCAUCAGACCAGAGAAUCUUGUUUCUCAUGGUCUUUAAGUGCCUUCUGGAAAACUCCAAGCGAGCUGUCAAGUGGCUUCCGUCUGGCCACUCUACCAUAAAGCCCUGAUUGGUAGAGUGCUGCAGAGAUGGUUGUCCUUCUGGAAGGUUCUCCCAUCUCCACAGGGGAACUCUAGAGCUUUGUCAGAUUGACCAUCGGUUUCUUGGUCACCUCCCUAACCAAUACCCUUUCCCCCGAUUGCUUAGUUUGGCCGGGCGGCCAGCUCUAGGAAGGGUCUUGGUGGUUCCAGACCUCUUCCAUUGAAGAAUGAUGGAGAGUUCUUUUUGUUUUUUUAAAUACAUUUUAGAAUAAGGCUGUAACGUAACAUAAUACCUUCCGAAGGCCGUGUAUAGUAAAUCUAAUAAAGAUUAUUUCACAAGAGAUGGUAUUCAACAGUAGAGGCUGCAGUAAGGUGAUAAUGCAGAACAGUAGAGGCUGCAGUAAGGUGAUAAUGCAGAACAGUAGAGGCUGCAGUAAGGUGAUAAUGCAGAACAGUAGAGGCUGCAGUAAGGUGAUAAUGCAGAACAGUAGAGGCUGCAGUAAGGUGAUAAUGCAGAACAGUAGAGGCUGCAGUAAGGUGAUAAUGCAGAACAGUAGAGGCUGCAGUAAGGUGAUAAUGCAGAACAGUAGAGGCUGCAGUAAGGUGAUAAUGCAGAACAGUAGAGGCUGCAGUAAAGUGAUAAUGCAGAACAGUAGAGGCUGCAGUAAAGUGAUAAUGCAGAACAGUAGAGGCUGCAGUAAAGUGAUAAUGCAGGACAGUAGAGGCUGCAGUAAGGUGAUAAUGCAGAACAGUAGAGGCUGCAGUAAGGUGAUAAUGCAGGACAGUAGAGGCUGCAGUAAGGUGAUAAUGCAGAACAGUAGAGGCUGCAGUAAAGUGAUAAUGCAGGACAGUAGA